AUGCUCAUGUUUUCAAGAAUUUUAUUAUUUUUCGCUAGUUAUGUGCUAGUUAAAGCACAGCAAACAAUUACUACUCCUACCACGUUAACUGGUAAUCAAAAUUUCAAUGAGGAUAUCGAUGUCCAAUCUUCGUUGACAUUGAACGAUGGUUCUGAGUAUAUUUUUAACAACCUUUUGGAUAUUAGCUUAGACACUGCUAGUGUUGAAGCUAAUGCGCAAUCUGGAUCGGUUUUUACAUUCUCUAUGCCACCUUCAUCAUCAUUCUCAAAUCUAGGUACUUUGACCAUCAAUAACAACGCAGGCGUAGUAUCUGAACAGCACAUAAACAUUAACCCUAGCACCUUCAGUAACUCUGGCACUUUGACUAUUAGAGUGGUUCAUUAUCAAUCAGAUAGCAGCUCUACCAUGCUCAUAGACUCCCCAAGUUUUGCAAACUCAGGAACUAUAAAUUAUGAACGUACAGGAACUGAAAUCAACGAUCCCGGCUUAGAAGGCAACAUUUUACAUAUUGGAAGUGCUGGCCACGCUUUAGACAACACAGGAAUAAUAAAUUUGGCUGCCGGAAACAACUAUUACUUACAAGGAAACAUCCAAGGCGAAGGUGGCUCAAUUAAUGUAAACUAUGGGUUACUACACAUCGAUUCGACCUCAUUUGCUGGUAACACUAUUAACUUAGGACCAGAAGGUGCUUUGGCGAUGAUAAGACCAGUACCUGAAACGGUUGUUGUUCGUGGCUUUGCUGCACCAAACUUCAUUGCAUCAGCUGGAACAAAUGGAGCAUUCGCAUAUAACGAACAAACUGGAAUCUUAACAGUCACAACUGAUGGUAAUACAUAUACUUACGAUAUUGGAUGUGGUUAUGAUCCCGCAUUACUUAUAGGCACUCAAUCAAGUAUUGGUUAUGAAGGUAAUCUUGUAGAUGGUUAUGGUGUAGCCUAUACAGGCGCAGCUCCAGCAGAUGUGACUUGUGCUGCAGCAUCAUCAUCAAUUGUACCUUCAUCAUCAGUUGAGCCAUCCUCAUCAGUGGAACCAUCCUCAUCAGUGGAACCAUCUUCUUCAGUGGAACCAUCUUCAUCAGUUGAACCAUCUUCAUCAGUUGAGCCAUCCUCAUCAGUGGAACCAUCUUCUUCAGUAGAACCAUCUUCUUCAGUUGAGCCAUCCUCAUCAGUUGAUACCUCUUCUUCAGUGGAACCAUCUUCAUCAGUUGAACCAUCUUCUUCAGUUGAGCCAUCAUCAUCAGUUGAACCAUCUUCAUCAGUUGAACCAUCCUCAUCAGUUGAGCCAUCCUCAUCAGUUGAGCCAUCCUCAUCAGUUGAGCCAUCCUCAUCAGUGGAACCAUCCUCAUCAGUGGAACCAUCUUCUUCAGUGGAACCAUCUUCUUCAGUAGAACCAUCUUCUUCAGUUGAGCCAUCCUCAUCAGUUGAUACCUCUUCUUCAGUGGAACCAUCCUCAUCAGUUGAACCAUCUUCAUCCUCAUCCUCAUCCUCAUCAUCCUCAUCCUCAUCUUCAUCACCUUCAUCAUCCUCAUCUUCGUCUUCGUCAUCUUCUGCCGUUGUUACUACAAUUACCACAACAAUAGAAGAUCCUGGAGUACCUCCAGUAAUUAUCACCACCACAAUUACAAUUGGAGCCGGAACGGGACAAGGUGAACAAGGCCAAGCCGGUCAAGCAGGCCAAGCCGGUCAAGCAGGCCAAGCCGGUCAAGCAGGCCAAGCCGGUCAAGCAGGCCAAGCCGGUCAAGCAGGCCAAGCCGGUCAAGCAGGCCAAGCAGGCCAAGCAGGCCAAGCAGGCCAAGCAGGCCAAGCCGGUCAAGCCGGUCAAGCUGGAUCAGGUCAAGCUGGUCAAGCCGGUCAAGCCGGUCAAGCUGGAUCAGGUCAAGCCGGUCAAGCAGGCAGUGGUCAAGCUGGUCAAGCAGGCAGUGGUCAAGCUGGUCAAGCAGGCAGUGGUCAAGCCGGUCAAGCAGGAUCAGGUCAAGCCGGUCAAGCAGGAUCAGGUCAAGCCGGUCAAGCAGGAUCAGGUCAAGCAGGAUCAGGUCAAGCCGGUCAAGCAGGAUCAGGUCAAGCAGGAUCAGGCUCUGGAAACCAAGAACAUAGCCAUAGUCUCGCAGCACUUGGAAGAACAGGCACAACAAGUGGCAGAGCCCAGCCUACAACAAUUUUGACACCAUCUCAUCUGGCUACAACAUUCCAUGGUGGAGUAGAACAUGUAAACGUGGGACUAUUUAAUUUUAUGUUACCAUUUAUCAUAUCUGUUCUGCUACUGUAA